CUUCUCUACUGUCCAUCACUCAUUCAGAGUGAGAGAGAGACCCCUCUUUCAUUCAAUCGAAUUCAAGAAAGCAUGGACGCCACAGCAAUUUCUGGGAGCAGAGGAAGAGGCCUACCAUCACCAUGUAUCCAUUCUUCUUGUCCAAGAACCCCAAAUUCAGCUGCCCUUGUUAUUCAAUCCAUGGCCACCCAGAAACCUCUACCAUCUGCCUCCAAAACUGUCAGCUCCAGAAAGAAUUCAAUUGUGUUCCCUCUUGGCGAGCCAGGCCCCAGGAAUAGGCCACUUGUAACUAGUCCUCCAGUCAAGCUGCUAACAAGAGUGGAGCAACUCAAACUACUGUCCAAAGCUGAGAAAGCCGGCCUCUUAUCUGCUGCUGAGAAGUUUGGUUUCUCUCUAUCAGCCAUUGAGAAACUGGGUCUCCUUUCAAAGGCAGAAGAGUUUGGAGUGCUUUCUGCAGCGACAGACCCUGGAACACCAGGGGCUCUGUUCAGCCUCAGCUUGGGGUUACUACUUUUAGGCCCCUCUUGCGUUUAUCUUGUGCCUGAAGAUUAUCCCUGGCAGGUGGUAUUGCAAGUUGUGGUUGCUCUAGUUUCUGUAGUUGGCGGUUCUGCAGCUUUUGCUGCUUGGAAUUUGGUAUCGAAUUUGCAGAAAUCAAACUGAAUUUGUUCUCUGAUGAGAUUAAUAAUUGACAGUAUCACACUUUCUAUCC